GUACAUUAUGAUUUGCUCGAAGGUUAUUGGUUAACACACUGGAAGAAAUCCGCCCCGCAUCUGGAUCUUCUUCCUCUUGUGCUGCCCAGAAGGUUCCAGGCCGUUGUCCCACACACACUGUCACGAUGAUGGGCCAACAGGUUCUCGUGCUGAGCCAGAAUAUGAAGAGGGAGUCUGGACGGAAGGUUCAGACCGGAAAUAUCAGUGCAGCCAAGACGAUUGCAGACGUCAUCAGAACAUGCCUGGGACCAAGGGCCAUGAUGAAAAUGCUUUUGGACCCCAUGGGUGGGAUUGUGAUGACCAACGAUGGCAACGCUAUCCUGAGAGAGAUCCAGGUCCAGCACCCGGCUGCCAAGUCCAUGAUUGAGAUCAGCCGCACUCAGGACGAGGAGGUGGGAGAUGGCACCACCUCUGUCAUCAUCCUGGCGGGUGAGAUGCUGUCCGUGUCAGAGCAGUUCUUGGAGCAGCAGAUGCACCCGACGGUUGUCAUCAGCGCCUACAGACAUGCCCUGGAUGAUAUGCUCAACCUGCUCAAAGAUAUCAGCACCCCAGUGGACGUGAGUGACAGGGAGAUGAUGCUGAAGAUCAUCAACUCUGCCAUCAACACCAAGGCUCUGAGCCGCUGGUCUGACAUGGCCUGCAGCAUCGCCCUGGACGCCGUCAAAACUGUGGAGAUGGAGGAGAACGGACGCAAGGAGAUCGACAUCAAGAAGUACGCCAAAGUAGAAAAGGUUCCCGGUGGGAUCAUCGAGGACUCGUGCGUGCUCAGAGGUGUGAUGGUAAACAAGGACGUGACCCACCCGCGCAUGCGCAGAAUGAUCAAGGAUCCCCGUAUUGUGCUGUUGGACUGCUCCCUGGAGUACAAGAAGGGAGAGAGCCAGACUGAUAUUGAGAUCACUCGUGAGGAGGACUUUGCCCGCAUCCUGCAGAUGGAGGAGGAGUACAUCCAGCAGAUCUGUGAAGACAUCAUCCGCCUCAAGCCAGACCUCAUCUUCACAGAGAAGGGCAUCUCGGACUUGGCUCAGCACUACCUAAUGAAGGCUAACAUCACGGCUAUUCGCCGUGUAAGAAAGACUGACAACAACCGGAUCGCCAGGGCGUGUGGCGCACGCAUUGCCAGCCGUACGGACGAGCUGCGCGAAGGGGACGUGGGCCUGGGGGCGGGCUUGUUUGAGAUCAAGAAGAUUGGAGACGAGUACUUUGCCUUCGUCACAGAGUGCAAAGACCCUAAAGCCUGCACCAUCCUGCUGAGAGGAGCCAGCAAGGAAAUCCUGGCGGAGGUGGAGCGUAACCUGCAGGAUGCCAUGCAGGUGACCCGCAAUGUGCUGCUGGAGCCCAGCCUGCUGCCUGGCGGUGGCGCUGCCGAGAUGGCUGUAUCCCAGCGGCUGAUGGAGCUCUCCAAGGCCCUCACUGGCGUGGAGCAGUGGCCCUACCGUGCCCUGGCCCAGGCCCUGGAGGUCAUCCCCCGCACUCUCAUCCAGAACUGUGGCGCCUCCACCAUCCGUGUGCUCACCUCCCUCAGGGCCAAGCACACCCAGAAGGGCAGUGUGUCGUGGGGGGUGAAUGGAGAGACUGGCACCCUGGCUGACAUGACCUCCCUGGGCAUCUGGGAGCCACUGGCCGUCAAGGCCCAGACCUACAAGACUGCAGUAGAGACAGCCAUCUUGUUGCUGCGCAUCGAUGACAUCGUCUCUGGACAUAAGAAGAAGGGAGAUGAGCAGACAGGAGGAGGACAGGGCGCUGAGUAGAGGGGUAGAAGGAUUGGGAACAAAGAGGAGGAAGAGGGUAAUGGAGGAAUAGGCAGUCUGAGCUAUUUCUUGUUGUUGCAUUGUUGAAGGAACCUGCAAGUAAGCAUUUUGUUGGACGGUGUAUACCAUGUGUAUCCUGUACAUAUGAUUAAUAACUUAACAGCACUUUUAUAAACCUCUCACUCAGAUAUUACAUUUGUUAUGGUCACUAAGCAGACUGGGAUAGGGUUGUUGCAUGUAUUACAUACUGUAUGAAUGUACUGGAUUUGGUACCAAGGAACUCAAGUUUAGUUUGGUUUGUUUGUGUGGUGUGUGUUUGUGCAGUAUUUAUGGCAGUAAGUGUAAGAUGUGACUGAAUAUGUUCUCCUGGGAUCAAGGUUUACCUCGGUUAGUCUCACGAGGCAUUUCUUUGUUUGGAAGAGCUCCUUCGUGACUUGAGUUGAAAAACGGUUGCCAAUGGAUGGUGACCAAAUCAUGUGACGAAGUCAUUUGAAUGAACUACUAAAGCACUGUGAUCCUAUAGAAAAAUAGACCUUGCAAAUUAUUUAUAGCCUGCAAUGUCUACCUCUGAAGGUCCUUUUUUAAAUGCUGCAUUAUAUGGAUUGGAUCGUCUUGCAUUUCAAUGAGUGAGUGCUUUUUUUCUGCAAGAAAUAGUUGGAGUUACGGUGUCUCUGGUUCUGAAUCCUGUUACUCCACCAGACCAUUUCCCUCCAUUACCCUUUACCUGGGGCUGUUACCUGUGAUAGAAUCAACCUCAAUAAAAGUGGAUACAAAUGACA